AUGGCUGCUUCUGUUGCUAUGGAGUUGACCGGUUUGGCACUGCGCCAAGUUGUGGAAGGCGAGGUCGGUGAAGAGGAGGAAGUAGCACCAAAGUGCGGAGGUGGGAACGAAUAUGAUGGGAGGAUGGGAUUGAGGAUUUCUGCCAUCUUUGUCAUCUUGGCUGGGUCUAUGCUUGGUUUGCUUCCCGCCCCGACCAUCAUCUUUCUGAGGAGGGAAAAGAAGGAAACCCGCUAAUAUGUUUGUUCACAAUAGGCGCGUUGUUCCCGGUGGUUGGAGGGAACCAUCCACGGUUAAAAAUCCCGGGGUGGGCAAUGAUGUUUGCAAAGUACUUUGGCUCAGGGGUCAUCAUCUGCACCGCAUUCAUUCACGUCAGUCUAAAAUUUCACCCAAAAGCUUACCAAACUAACAGGCGAACCGAACAGCUCCUCACACCCGCCAAUGAGGCCCUCACGGAUCCGUGUCUCACGGGCCCAAUCACGGAAUACCCAUGGGCACAAGGUAUAGCGCUGAUGUCCGUCUUUGCUGUGUUCUUCGUGGAGCUGCUAGCCACGCGCUUCGCAACCUUUUCAACCAGCCAUCUCGGGUACGACAUGGAUAAUACCCCAUCCGACCAGGGAAAAGAACAGUGCAGCGGAUCACCUCCCGCUGGCACCGCUGACCCAGAGAUCCUCAAUUGCGCGGAUGCCGAGGUCAUGAAGGAGGACUACGCGGCCCAAGUUAUUUCCCUCUUCAUCCUAGAAUUCGGGAUAAUCUUUCACUCAAUCUUUAUCGGGCUUACACUUGCUGUUUCGGGGGAGGAGUUUAUCACAUUGUAUAUUGUGCUUGUCUUCCACCAGACCUUUGAAGGUUUGGGGCUAGGAGCCAGGCUGUCAACAGUGCCCUUCCCAAAUAAGUGGAUGCCGUAUGCCUUGGGGAUGGCCUACGGGUUUACCACUCCUCUUGCUAUCGGGAUUGGGUUGGGGGCUAGAUCGACCUUGGACCCCGCCAGCCGGACCGCCUUGAUGUUGAACGGGAUCUUCGACGCUAUCUCUGCUGGCAUCUUGCUCUAUACGGGGCUGGUGGAGCUGAUGGCGCACGAAUUUUUGUUUAGCAAGUCUCUGAAGAAUGAAAAGAUAUCCCAUGUUAUGGCUGCAUUCGGGUUUAUGACACUAGGAGCGGGUGGGUUAUCCUUCAACUGCAUAAACCCCUACAAUACGGACCGAGACUAA